CAAUUGCUUUGGUUGAUUUGUGGUGUGUCCACAGGACCGCAUGGGGGGCAGCUGUGUGCCGGCCAGCCUCCCUUUCCUGGAGCAUUCCCUGGAGGGGCUGCACAAAUGGCUGGACCCCCACAGAAGAAGCCAGACCCAGACUCCUUUCCUAGCCAGCCAUGCCAGCUCGCGGUUCAUCCGAUGCACGGCCUACUCCUUACCCUGCACAGCAGAUCUGGCCAAACAGUGCUACAUCCCCCUGGCUGCUGUCAUCAAGCCGUUUGCCAUGGGUCCCAAUAAUGAGUCCUAA